AUGUCAUUCUCGUCGUCAGAGAAUCGGGCCUUUGACCUGGCUGAGAAGAUCACUUCUGUCAUCUCCGUCGUUGGCGCUGCAUUCAUCAUCGUCACCUUCUUGUUUGAUGACAGGUUUCGCAAGGCUAUCAACAGACUGGUCUUCUACGCCUGUUGGGGAAACCUAUUUGCCAAUGUUGCCACAUUGAUUUCGCGGUCCGGCAUCAACCUGGGAGUCAACUCUCCGCUGUUCCUGCCGGCUGACGCGUUAUGGACUUUUGCCAUGGCUUGCAACGUCUAUUUGUCAUUCUUCCGCCGCUAUGACGCCCCAAGGUUACGCACACUGGAGUGGAGAUACCUCGCCUGUUGUUACGGUAUCCCCUUUGUCCCGGCGUUGGUAUUUCUGUUCAUCAGCACACCGGUGCGCGGCAAGAUCUAUGGAAAUGCGGUGUUGUGGUGUUGGGUAUCCGAGGAAUGGAAUGCCUUGCGGAUCGCCACCUUCUACGGUCCGGUAUGGCUAGUUAUCCUAAUGACAUUCUUCAUCUAUCUCAAGGUUGGCAUGGUCGUGUUCCGAUGGCGCAAGCAGCAGCUUCGCUCUUUCGAUCACAACAGCUCCGCCAAUAUCGACAAACCUGGACGUGAUUACCCUAUGGGAGAUAUGGCAAGAAGGAAAUACGAGAGUACCGACAACUCUGCCUCGACUGGAUACACACAUCACAGAUCACCGUCUGUUGAAGAAAAUACUGUUGGCGCCCUCCCACCAACUGUCCAUGUCACUCAAUCGAGUCAGCAAGUCGUCGAUGCGAACAGAGCGACCUUGAGUUAUUGCAACACGGCAAUGUUGUUCUUUGUCGCCUUGAUCUGCACGUGGGUACCCUCUACCGUCAAUCGAUUCUACACGUUGGUCCACCCGAAUGACCCGAAAUUUGGACUCGAGUUCUCGUCUGGAUUGGUGCUUCCGCUUCAAGGAUGCUGGAAUACGGUCAUAUAUAUUGUCACCAGUUUACCUGCCCGUAAGGCGCUUUGGGCGGAUCUAUUCGGCCAAUCGCCGCGAGAUGACCCCGGUUCGUACAUCAGGUCGCCGCCACUUACUCUGACCAGGAGUAACCAUCAGACAUUGCCAUCGCAUGAUCAAAGAGCAGACAUCAUGAUGAGCUUUGACGGGAAGAAGAGAGUCAUUCAUCACGACUCGAGGGCCCAAUCGCGGGAUGGUGAUAUUGCUCAUGGCAUCAUUGGGCAGGCUGCUUAA